AGAGAGGCAGUGAGGGAGACCCUGAGAGAGAAACUGGACCUGGAGAAGAGGGCUCUGCAGGUGGAGGAGGACUUCCUGGUUGACCGUGUGAGUACCAUAGAGAAUGAGAUCUACAAAUACACUAAUCCAAAUACAAGAUUGCUCUUUUUAUCUGUGGUUGGUGGCUGAGAUGGUUACAUGCAGAUUUGGAACGGUUCCACUUUUUUUAGGAUUAGAAGGGGAUCUAUGACCUCAUGGAAAGAUUUUACAGUAAUGGUCAAUAGAUAUCAGUUGAUGGAGGAGCACCACAUUGCUAUUGGAGGGAGAGAAGCUUGGGAGGGAAACACAAAUAUGCCAAAACAAACAAACAAGGCUGAAGACAAGGAGGAGAACACAGAAUAAUCACAGAAGGCACCAACAAAGACAAUCCAUGACACAGAUGGAACCCAACAACACACAACCGAUACAAACCACCCCUUGUGAGCAGCAACCUUUCCUGGAAGAGAGCGGCUCACCAGUCUAUGGAGGAGGCCGCAGCGCUACUGAGCCAAGUCACAAUGCAGGAUAGCAAUCCAGUCACGGCUACAUCUUCUGUACUAACAGCCCUCUCCACAACACAGUGCAGUGUACAGAAUCAAGAUCCAGCUCCCGUUAGGGGGACUCAACCCCAGCACGGCCCGCCUAGCCGGGAUCCAGCAUCACCCAGGUGGGCAUGAGCAGGAGGGGGGCCCAGGGGCUCCUCAAGGGCCACGAAGCUAGGCCAAAACCUGGCUUGGUUCGACUGAACCUUCUAGAAGGCCUAAGGAGCACCUUCAACGAAUGGUGUACUGAGGUGAGUAUGAAGUUCCUAUAUGGCCCAGACCACUUUAGUAAAAUGACAAUAGAAACGAAGAAGACGGAGGAGGAAGAAGAGGAGCUGGAUGAAGAUGGAGGAUAUUGUAGAAGGGGGUGGGGAUGGAGGGGACGGCGGGGGUCCAGGGGGUCCACAGGGAGGUCAUCAGCUCCAGCCCCAGACUACGACACAAUACGCAGGGAGACAGGAGCUGGGGCUGAGUGUCAGGGAGUUCUACAAAGGGGAGGAAGCCCAGCGGGUGUCAGGGAAACGUGCCGGAGACUUAGAGGUGAGUGGGGGAUAAGAGUGUAGUAACCGCCAGUGUCCAGAUGGGGGCACUGUGUAUAAGCAUUCGAGAUGUGAAACGUGAUGAUGGUCUUGUUUUUGAGGUUGGCUUUUACCAUGAAGAUAUUUUCUUUGUCUCGUCUCACUUCUCACCCUCACUCUUUGUCUCCCCUCUUUUCCCCUCUACGCUCUCUGUCUCUCACGCUAUGUCUCUCACGCUCUCUCUGUCUCUCACGCUUUCUCUCAUUCUCUCUCGCUCUCUUUCUCUCACGGGCUCUCUGUCUCUCCUUCUUUCACUCUCUCUCUCACACACACGCUCUCUCUCUCCACCCCCCCCCCCCCCCCCCCCGGGACCAGGGUGGUGCGCUCCCAUUGGUAGACUCCCACGCCCAGCACCUCAUACAGAAACGCAUAACGGUUAAGAAGCUCACUAGAGGGUGUGUGUGUCUGUAUGAAAAUGCUGCUACGGUUUUCAAAGUGCAAAGAACUGUGUUUUUAUGCAAUGAAAAUGUGGUCGCUGAUAGUUGACAAACAGCAAUAUUACAGAAGCAUUGAUAAGUACUGGCUCGGUCUUAUAGCUUGUUGAACUUAACUUCGCAUCUCAGCAAAUGAAAAAAUGAAACCAAGUUGUUCUGUGUAUAUGUGUGUCUAUUUAUAUGUCCGCUUUUCCUCAUCUUUGUGGUGUGAAGCCUGAGAAACAUUGUGGGCCCCCUGCGUCUCACCAUGACUGACGUCUCCAGUGACCUCAACAACCUGGUCAGGACCUUCAGGUCAGUGCCAAUGUCAACUCUGAGAGUUAAAGGGCCAAUCCUUAAUUGAAACCAUAAAAAAAGGCCUCCCCGCCUCUGUUUUGGUAAAAAGCUGAAGGAUGGGCCUAGAGAAAUGUAAUCACUCUCAAAUUCAUAGACAGAGCUAUGGAUGCAAGGACUGACCCUCCAAUAUUAGAGUUUUAAGCAUGUUUUGAGGCAAUACAGUGUUUGGUUACAUUUGAAAUCUAAUGUUAUUGGUUGCAUACACCUAUUUAGCAGAUGUUAUCGAGGGUGUAGAAAAUUGCUUGUUUACAAACAUUGGCGUAAAACAAGCUUACAGUUUGGGUUCUGAUGGGGUAUGACAUUUGAACUAAGCUAAUGAGGCAAUUUAUAAGUUAUAUUAUUCAAGAAUCAAUGGGUAUGUAUCAAUAAUUUAUAAGUCCAAAAAUGGAUGUAGUAAACUGCAGAUUGCUGCUUUAACACACAAUUUCCUACUAAAACGUCCAAUACUGUGUCUGAGAGAGAAACUGGACAUUUUACACUCCUAUUUGUCAGUAUUUACCUGGUCCCGUAGUCACAAACCGUCUUAUUUGAAGUGCUGAUCUAGAAUCAGUUUAGCCUUUUCGAUCAUGGUGAAUAAGAUUACCUGGACAGGGGGACCUGAUCCUAGAUCAGGACUAUUACUCUGAGACACUAUGAAUAUGUGCUUGGUAUUUAUGGAGAAGUUAUCUGGCAACAAGGCUUCCAUGAACUGAUUGAACUUUUCUGGGGAGCCCCAAACAGCCAGGGGUGAACUCUGUUCCUGUCAUGGGCACUAACUGGGCUGUGAUUGGCUGAUUGAGGUGCAGUCAACAGGAAGUAGUGAUUGGCAGAGUGCUAUUGACUUCCUGUAGCUCUGAUUUAAUAGCGAGGUACUUGAGUCACACCUCCAGUGAGAGGCCUGUUUCCAGGAAUUCUCUGCCAGCUACUGAGGCCUGCUGGAACAGCACCCAGACCUUAAACCGCAAACUGUGAAAUAAACACCUAUAAUUGUUCAAUCUAUAUGAUGAGGUGUCUCUGAUAUGGUUGGACAUUAGGCUAAUAUGAUUUAGAGAUUUUCACUGCCAAGUUGAAGUAAAGGACAUAUAGACUGUUGUUUCCUCUUUCAUGGAUAAUCACGAUGUUAGGCCUGAUGGCAGUGUGAUGUUAGGCCUGAUGGCAGUGUGAUGUUAGGCCUGAUGGCAGUGUGAUGUUAGGCCUGAUGGCAGUGUGAUGAUGUUAGGCCUGAUGGCAGUGUGAUGAUGUUAGGCCUGAUGGCAGUGUGAUGAUGUUAGGCCUGAUGGCAGUGUGAUGAUGUUAGGCCUGAUGGCAGUGUGAUGAUGUUAGGCCUGAUGGCAGUGUGAUGAUGUUAGGCCUGAUGGCAGUGUGAUGAUGUUAGGCCUGAUGGCAGUGUGAUGAUGUUAGGCCUGAUGGCAGUGUGAUGAUGUUAGGCCUGAUGGCAGUGUGAUGUCAGUACUUAUUUGUCUCAGCUUCUCAAAACCUGUGCCAUUUUCUACUAUACAGUCUCUUUUUUUCCAUGGUUCACAAACACCACCAUUAUCCACAAAGGCCCAGAGUGGACCCUGAUCACUGUGGUGCUCCUCCAUCUGUAAGUGUGUGUGUGUGUGUAUGUGUUUCUGUCCUGUGUGUGUGUGUUCCUGUGUGUGUGUUUCUGUCCUGUGUGUGUGUGUUUCUGUCCUGUGUGUGUGUGUGUGUGUGUGUGUGUUUCUGUCCUGUGUGGUGUGUGUGUGUGUGUGUGUUUCUGUCCUGUGUGUGUGUGUUUGUCUGUGUGUGUGUUCCUGUGUGUGUGUUUUGUCCUGUGUGUGUGUGUGUUUCUGUCCUGUGUGUGUGUGGUGUGUUUUCUGUCCUGUGUGUGUGUGUUUGUCGUCUGUGGGUGUGUGUUUCUGUCUGUGUGUGUGUUUCUGUCCUGGUGUGUGUGUUUGUCGUGUGGUGUGUUGUCUGUCCUGUGUGUGUGUGUUCUGUCUGUGUGUGUGUGUUUUCUGGUCCUGUGUGUGUGUGUGUGUUUCUGUCCUGUGUGUGUGUGUGUGUGUUUCUGUCCUGUGUGUGUGUGUGUUUCUGUCCUGUGUGUGUGUGUGUGUGUUUCUGUCCUGUGUGUGUGUGUGUGUGUUUCUGUCCUGUGUGUGUGUGUGUUUUCUGUCUGUGUGUGUGUGUUUCUGUCCUGUGUGUGUGGUGUGUUUCUGUCUGUGUGGGUGUGUGUGUUGUUUCUGUCCUGUGUGGUGUUUGUCUGUGUGUGUGUGUGUGUUUAUGUCCUGUGUGUGUGUGUGUUUCGUCCUGUGUGGUGUGUGUUUUCUGUCUGUGUGUGUGUGUGUUUCUGUCCUGUGUGUGUUUCUGUCCUGUGUGUGUGUGUGUUUCUGUCCUGUGUGUGUGUGUUUCUGUCCUGUGUGUGUGUGUGUUUCUGUCCUGUGUGUGUGUGUUUCUGUCCUGUGUGUGUGUGUGUUUCUGUCCUGUGUGUGUGUGUUUCUGUCCUGUGUGUGUGUGUGUGUUUCUGUCCUGUGUGUGUGUGUGUGUUUCUGUCCUGUGUGUGUGUGUGUGUUUCUGUCCUGUGUGUUGUUUUCUGUCCUGUGUAUGGUGGGGUUUCUGUCCGGUUGUGUGUGUGUUUUGAUCCUGUGUGUGUGUUUGUUUGUUUCUGUCCUGUGUGUUGGUGUGUGUUUCUGUCCUGUGUGUGUGUGUGUGUUCUGUCCUGUGUGUGUGUGUGUGUUUACUGUCCUGUGUGCGUGUGCGUGUCGUUCUGUUCCUUGUGUGUGUGUGGGUUUCUGUCCUGGUGUGUGUGGGUGGUAUUCUGUCCUGUGGUGUGUGUGUGUGUUUCUGUCAUGUGUGUGUGGGUGUGUGUGGUUUCUGGUCCUGUGUGUGUGUGUGGUGUGUUUCUGUCCUGUGCUGUGUGUGUGUGUGUUUCUGUCCUGUGUGUGUUUCUGUGUCAUGUGCUGUUGCAUGAACAGCUGGAGUGCCUGAGCCUCAGUAGGACCCGUCAGGGAUCAGCAGAGGAAAUCAGGGAACAUUGUUUUACCUGGGGGAACACCCUCUCAACAAACUCAACCUAGAGUGAUUUAUCUCUGCGUGUGUGUGUGUGUCCAGGGUGCACUGCAGAGUGUGUGUGUGUGUGCACAUGAGUGUGUGUUCUUUUGGAUGCCCUCAUUUUAAACAUCACAAAAGUGAAUCCAACCUGUUAAAACUCAUGAUUUCAUUAAGAUAUGCAUUGAAUUAGAAUCUGUAUAUUCGUUAUGAAAAACGCAUACGCUCAGCAAUCCAAAGGUUUCCGUGUGUUUGUGGUGCCCUGUGAAAUAUACAGUGUGGUGUGUGUGUGUGUGGCAUCUCCAAUCUGCAGUGUGUACUUGCCCUUGCAUUGUUUGCCCUGUGCCAGAUGGCGUGUGUGUGUGUGUGUGUGUGCCCCACUUCCCCAGGCAGGUCGGUGGCUGGCAGGCAGGGAAGGGCUUGAGCCUAGCAGGGGCUGUGUGGGACAGAUCCGUGCUGCUCCCGUCUGUGUACACACAGACGCCUCUCUGCUUUAUCUCCUCCACCUGAUUACCCAACCCUCUCCAGAUCCGUGAUGCAGAAGCCAGGGACGACACACACACACACACACACACACACACAGGCCCUGGGAAACAUUCCACUUGUUCCCUAACUGAUCCACUGUGUACACCACCCCAGAGAGGAGACCAGGGCCAUAACUUCAGCUCUGAUUUAUAGCUGUCAAAAUAAAUGGGGGAUGACGCUUUCUUGAGCUGAUAUAACCUUAUCUAAGCUACAGAUGUUGUCAUCAUCCAAUCCGAUAGUUAGAUAGUAAAGAACACGCCUUAUUGAGUGAGGUGCUCAACAAAUAAUUGAAAGUUGUACCCGGCUGUUGGCUGCAGUAUGGUUUCAACUAACUCAAAAUGUCUCGUAUUUAGUCAGGCUCAUAAUAUUAUUAUAAGAAAUUAUAAAGGAGUCUUUUAUGACAAGUCUUACAUUGCGUUAUAAGCGCAUCAUAAAGCAUGCAUACCUAUCCGAAGUGUUAUCCAAUUAUUUUUUACUUACUAACAAUAUAUCUGCACAGCCCAUAGAACAGUACCAAGCCAUUUGCAUUUGAGUCAACUAUCCAUCUCCUGAAUCAUUUGGAGUUGAGGCCUAUUUAUCUACUGCAUGGCAGCUGUGUAAUUAGUAGGACCUCUGUUGUGGUUAGGUGAAUCAGGUAAAUAAUGGAUGGACCCAGAUAGCCGCUUCGCUCCGGGAGACACACUGGGCUCCCGUCGCUGAAGGCUACAUCUCGUAUCCCUAAAACAUACAGCUCUAGAAAAAAUUAAGAGACCACUGCAAUUUUUUCUUAAACAGCAUCUCUACAUGAAUGACAGCCAUUCCAUUCCAGUGUCUGUUGAAUUCCAACACAGGCACACCCCAUUCUACUGAAUUAGGUACUGAUUAGGUGAUCACAUGAACCAAAUCUUAUUUAAUAAGGAAAAGUAUAAAAACCACUGCUGUGGUCAUCACUAUCCUCUUGCAAUAGGACCAGCUGGAUGGCAAAAACAGUGCUAAUAGUACCUCAAAAGUAAUUUUAAUCAAAAAAUAACUAUUGACCAUGCCAAAAGAGUUGAAAAGGAAAGUUUUGAGUGAGGAAAAUAAGGGUUCAAUUCUGGCUUUACUGGCAGAGGGAUACAGUGAGCGUCAGGUUGCUUCCAUCCUUAAAAUUUCAAAGACGGCGGUUCAUGUGGUCCUCUGUGGCUCAGCUGGUAGAGCACGGCGCUUGUAACGCCAGGGUAGUGGGUUCAAUCCCCGGGACCACCCAUACACACAAAUGUAUGCUGUAAGUCGCUUUGGAUAAAAGCGUCUGCUAAAUGGCAUAUUAUAAGAACAAGGUCAAGCAGCAGACAUUGGGGACAACAAAGCUACAGACCGGCAUAGGGCAAAAACGACUCUCUACUGACCGGGAUGACCGCCAACUCAUUCGAAUGUCACUCAACAACCGUAGGAUGACAUCAAGUGACCUACAAAAAUAAUGGCAAACGGCAGCUGGGGUGAAGUGCACGGCGAGGACGGUUCAAAACAGGCUCCUAGGGGCAGGGCUGAAGUCGUGCAAAGCUAGAAAAAAGCCCUUCAUCAAUGAGAAGCAAAGAAGAGCCAGGCUGAGGUUUGCAAUUUAUAGGUGGGUGUUUGGGCCGUAGAGGACUGGAGUAAGGUCAUCUUCUCUGAGUCCAAUUUUCAGCUUUGCCCAACACCUGGUCAUCUAAUGGUUAGACGGAGACCUGGAGAGGCCUACAAGCCACAGUGUCUCGCACCCACUGUGAAAUUUGGUGGAGGAUCAGUGAUGAUCUGGGGGUGCUUCAGCAAUGCUGGAAUCGGGCAGAUUUGUCUUUGUGAAGGACGCAUGAAUCAAGCCACGUAGGUUGUCCUGGGAAAAAAAAAAAAAAAAACUUGCUUCCUUUUGCUCUGACAUUGUUCCCCAACUCUGAGGAUUGGUUUUUCCAGCAGGACAAUGCGCCAUGCCACACAGCCAGGUCAAUCAAGGUGUGGAUGGAGGACCACCAGAUCAAGACCCUGUCAUGGCCAGCCCAAUCUCCAGACCUGAACCCCAUUGAAAACUUCUGGAAUGUGAUCAAGAGGAAGAUGGAUGGUCACAAGCCAUCAAACAAAGCCGAGCUGCUUGAAUUUUUGCGCCAGGAGUGGCAUAAAGUCACCCAACAUCAAUGUGAAAGACUGGUGGAGAGCAUGCCAAGACGCAUAAAAGAUGUGAUUUGAAAAUCAGGGUUAUUCCACCAAAUAUUGAUUUCUGAACUCUUCCUUAGUUAAAACAUUAGUGUUGUUUCAAAAUGAACAUUAACUUAUUUUCUUUGCAUUAUUCGAGGUCUGACAAAACUGCAUCUUUUUUUGUUAUUUUGACCAGUUGUCAUUUUCUGCAAAUAAAUGCUCUAAAUGACAACAUUUUUAUUUGGAAUUUGGGAGAAAUGUAGUCAGUAGUUUAUAUAAUAAAACAAAAACUUAUAUUUUUGCAGUGGUUUCUUAAUUUUUUCCGGAGCUGUAUUUACCAGGCCUCUGGUUAGCCUAUUUCCGAGAUACUUUUCCCGUCACCGAAGGCAAAUCAAUAACCCGGAAUGCGUUACCAGUCGCUACGGGCUAUACAAUGUGUGAAAAGAAACGCCAACUUCCACAGAGUUCACCGAAUUCACUCCAUAUUUUUUUUGUUUGACCUUUUAUUUAACUAGGCAAGUCAGUUAAGAACAAGUUCUUAUUUACAAUUACGGCCAAACCCGGACGACGCUGGGUCAAUUGUGCGCCGCCCUAUGGGACUCCGGAUCACGGCCGGAUUGUGAUACAGCCUGGAAUCGAAGCAGGGUCUGUAGUGACGUGUCUAGCACUGAGAUGCAGUGCCUUAGACCGCUGCGCCACUCGGGAGCCCACACGAAAGUUACGCUGCCAUCUGGGAUCGCGUGGUAAUCUCGAGUGGCAACUACUACAGAGUAUGAGGACUAGGGAGUGAUCUUGGGAAAUGUUGGAUUUAAACGUUUAUUUUUUGCCGUAGUUCACACAUUUUAUAACCCCUAGCGACUGGUAAAGCAUUCCAGAUUAUAGGCAUGCCUUCGGUGAGGGGAAAAGUUUCUCGGAAAUAAGUCAACCAGAGGGCUGGUAAAUAUGUUUUAGGGAUAGGAGAUGUAUUCUUCAGCGACGGCAGCACAGUGAGCGAAGCGGAGUUCAAAAUAAAGUUUUCCCUUAAACACACAGCUUUGUAGACCUUACAAACAUGUGCAUUGCGCUGCUGAGGAGAUCUCUGAAACUGGUCAGCAAUUAGUCAUAUUGCCAUCUAGAAGUCAUAUACUUGUUUACUAUACAUUGAGGGAAAAUGUAUUUGAUCCCCUGCAGGUUUUGUACGUUUGCCCACUGACAAAGACAUGAUCAGUCUAUAAUUUUAAUGGUAGGUUUAUUUGAACAGUGAGAGACAGAAUAACAACAACAAAAAUCCAGAAAAACGCAUGUCAAAAAUGUUAUAAAUUGAAUGCAUUUUAAUGAGGGAAAUAAGUAUUUGACCCCUCUGCAAAACAUGACUUAGUACUUGGUGGCUAAACCCUUGUUAGCAAUCACAGAGGUCAGAUGUUUCUUGUAGUUGGCCACCAGGUUUGCACACAUCUCAGGAGGAAUUUUGUCCCACUCCUCUUUGCAGAUCUUCUCCAAGUCAUUAAGGUUUUGAGGCUGAGGUUUUGAGGCUGACGUUUGGCAACUCGAACCUUCAGCUCCCUCCACAGAUUUUCUAUGGGAUUAAGGUCUGGAGACUGGCUAGGCCACUCCAGGACCUUAAUGUGCUUCUUCUUGAGCCACUCCUUUGUUGCCUUGGCCGUGUGUUUUGGGUCAUUGUCAUGCUGGAAUACCCAUCCACGACCCAUUUUCAAUGCCCUGGCUGAGGGAAGGAGGUUCUCACCCAAGAUUUGACGGUACAUGGCCCCAUCCAUCGUCCCUUUGAUGCGGUGAAGUUGUCCUGUCCCCUUAGCAGAAAAACACCCCCAAAGCAUAAUGUUUCCACCUCCGUGUUUGACGGUGGGGAUGGUGUUCUUGGGGUCAUAGGCAAUAUUCCUCCUCCUCCAAACACGGCGAGUUGAGUUGAUGCCAAAGAGCUCGAUUUUGGUCUCAUCUGACCACAACACUUUCACCCAGUUCUCCUCUGAAUCAUUCAGAUGUUCAUUGGCAAACUUCAGAAGGCCCUGUAUAUGUGCUUUCUUGAGCAGGGGGACCUUGCGGGCGCUGCAGGAUUUCAGUCCUUCAUGGCGUUACUUUUAUACUAUUCCAGGUAUUCCUUAAAGAGGUAGGGUUUCAAGUGUCUCCGGAAGGUGGUGAGUGACUCCGCUGUCCUGGCGUCGUGAGGGAGCUUGUUCCACCAUUGGGGUGCCAGAGAAGCGAACAGUUUUGACUGGGCUGAGCGGGAACUGUGCUUCCGCAGAGGUAGGGGGACCAGCAGGCCAGAAUCCAGAGGGGUAUCCUACGAAGCAAUUUAGGCUUUUCUAAAGCUAAUCAGCUUCAGUUAGCUUCACAUUUCAGCUCAGGCUUCAUCCUUACUAUGACGGUGGAUAUUGCUCGUCCGCCUGCUGCUAACUCUUAUCAGGCUUGUUACUGCGCGUGCGUGUAACACAUGGCUUGUGGAACGCCGAACUCUUCAUUGUGACAAUACUGAAACAUCAAUAUAUGGGCGAGUCAGUGCCACAUUUUCAUUUGCGCUAAAAUCAAAAUGAAAGAACCCUUAUCUUGCAAUUUCAUCAGGCUAUGGCGUGAAAUAGGCUUUUCGAAGUGCCGUCUGUAUUUUAUUAUUGUUAAUGCCGACUUUGCUUUGGUGUGCUUAUCAAUGCACAACUACAAGCCCCCUUUUUCCCCACUCCGGUCGAUAAAAUAAUUGCAUAUAGUCAUACAAAAGUGUUACUGUGCGUUAAGUUUAAAGUGCUUUCUGUCAUUACUAAAUGGGUAAUGUGAUUUAUUUUAACAUUACAAUUUUUUAAAUUAAUAUUUGAAUAAAAUAUUUAAUCAGUUGUCUUCCUCAAAUGAAGGAGCGAAUCUGAUUUCAUUGGUCCUCAACUCGUGGCUCAGUCAUUUCAUUCCGAGUAAGUGGCAUUAGCGGUGAGUUGCUCUUCCCCGGACCAGGUUAGUUCUGAUGGAUUCGUUGCCAUAGAAAUGUACCAGGCUAAAAGGUGGGCCACAUUCGAAUGACCGGUUAUCCCGAGUUGAACUCAGUUGACCAAAGUUACCUUGCUAACUCCUCAAACCUGCUUUUGUAGGAUAACCUUCUGGCCUUAGUUUUUCCUGACCAUGUUGUGUUUGCGUGUUGCAGGUUAUCAGAGGUGUCCCCGGUGGUACGGGAGGCCCUGGAGAGGCCGACCUCAGUCGAGUACCUCUCUAUUCUGAUGCAGGAGCUCCCACUUCAGGACCAGGACCUACAGAGCCUAGUCCAGCUACUCAAAACCAUAGCCCUC